AUGAACAAUUCCCCAACUUCUCCGAAUUAUCGCCGUCUCUUUUCUACUCUCGAUUCUCACUUCUCAGUCUCUAAUCCCCUCAUCAUCUAUCUUAUCUCUCGUCUCGUCAGCGUAGGCCUGAAAGUUGAAUCGCUCCGGUUAGCGUACAACACACACGGGCGGCCGUCCAGCGGGGUGUCGGCCCAGGAGCUCCUUGACGCCGGGCACCGGGCUUGGUGUGCGCCGGGUCCUAAUUUUUCAUCUCCCUCCCAAAUUCUCAAUUCCAAUCCUCAAUUCAAGGGCCGACACCGGUUCCCUGCAAUGGGAUUUCUGAGGCUCACGAGGAGAUUCCAUGGCCUCUACCACGUAGGAUCAAGAACCAACUUGACACUUAUCUGCAACUCCCACAUUCAGAGGAGAGUGUUAUCUAGCCAUCCUGACGGAAUCAAUGGUGCAGAUUCACUUUUACCUGUUCUGAUCGUUGGUGCAGGCCCCGUUGGUCUUGCUCUCUCAAUUCUACUGACGAAACUAGGGGUGAAAUGCGCAAUUCUGGAGAAAAACAUUGCAUUCCCAAGUCACCCUCAAGCUCAUUUCAUCAACAAUCGAUCAAUGGAGAUAUUCCGGAAAUUAAAUGGCCUGUCUGAUGAUAUUCUGAGGUGUCAACAACCAGUGGAUUUAUGGAGGAAGUUCAUAUAUUGUACUACACUCACGGGGUCGAUUCUCGGAUCAGUUGACCAUAUACAACCUCAAGAUUUCGAAUGUAUUGCGAGCCCAAUCUCUGUUGCAAAUUUUCCACAAUAUAAACUUAUGAGGUUGCUAGUCAAACAGCUCGAGGAGGUUGGGUUUCAUAUAAGAAGUGAUGGGUUGACAAGCUCUGAUGGCUGUGACCAAGAGAUAUUAAUGGGACACGAAUGCACAGCUAUAAAUGUCACCAAAGACAAUGUAAAUUUGUCUGCAUGUAUAAAAAAAGAAGGAAAACAUGUAACUAAAGAUUUCCAGUGUAGAUUUGUUGUUGCCACCGAUGGUGCUGGAAGUACAGUGAGAAAGUUAAUGGAAAUCGGCAUGACUGGCGAGCAUGAUUUGCAAAAGCUCAUUAAUGUACAUUUUAGAAGCCACAACCUAGGUCGGUAUUUGAUGGAUGAGAGACCUGGGAUGUUGUAUUUUGUCUUCAACACUGAAGCAAUAGGUGUCCUUGUUGCUCAUGAUCUGAAGGAAGGGGAGUUUGUGUUGCAGGUGCCGAUUUAUCCACCUCAACAUAAGAUUGAAGAUUUUAGCCCCAGAAUGUGUGAGAAAGUAAUUUUCAAACUGGUCGGGCGAGAGAUUUCGGACAUUAAUGUUGUGGGUGUAAGGCCGUGGGUGAUGCAUGCAGAAGUUGCUGAUGCAUUUUUAGCUGGUGACAACAGAAUCAUAUUGGCUGGUGAUGCUGCUCAUCGGUUUCCUCCUGCUGGUGGUUUUGGAAUGAAUACUGGAAUUCAGGACGCUCACAAUCUAGCCUGGAAGUUGGCUUCCGUCAUCAAGGGAACCGCGCAACCUUCAAUUCUUUCUACUUAUGAAUCAGAGCGUAGGCAGAUUGCCUUGUACAAUACAGCACUAAGUGUCGAGAAUUUUAAAGCAGCAAUGGAAGUUCCUGCUGCUCUUGGGCUCGAUUCAAGAAUUGCAAACUCAGUACAUCGCACUGUGAACAGCAUUUUGGGCCCCAUCUUGCCAUCUGGUGUACAAAAAGCAAUUUUGGAUGGAAUAUUUAGCAUAGGGCGCAUGCAGGUCUCUGAUUCGUUUCUGAAUGAAAAUAAUCCUCUUGGAUCUUCACGGCUCAUGAAAUUAAAACAGAUAUUUGAUGAAGGAAAAAGCCUUCAGCUCCAGUUUCCAGCUGAAGAUCUUGGAUUCAGAUACUCUAAAGGAGCUCUACUGAAUGAUGAUAGUUCCUCAAGCACACAAGAAACACCAACUGGACGCAGAAGGGAUUAUGUCCCUUCCUCCAUUCCUGGGUCCAGACUGCCUCAUAUGAUGAUUCACUUACUCUCGGCCCCCUCGACUAAGGAUGCCUUCUCGACGCUGGACCUCAUAUCUGUUGAUAAAAUAGAGUUCCUUCUUAUCAUAGCACCAAUCAAAGAGUCGUAUCGUGUAGCGCAAUCUGCAUUUAAGGUGGCUGAGGAACUUAAUGUUGCACUCAAGGUAUGUGUAAUGUGGCAAGAAAGGCCCACAGAUGGGAUUGGGAACAGCAAAACACAGCUUUCACCUUGGAACAACUUUGUUGACGUGGUUGAAGCAAAGACUCGAAGCUCGAGUUCAAGCUCAUGGUGGGACCUAUGUGCGAUGUCUCAUACAGGAGCCAUUUUAGUGAGACCCGACGAGCACAUUGCUUGGCGUGUGAAGUCAGGGAUUGAGAACGAUGAUCCUCUUUUGGUGCUCAAGAAUGUUUUUUGUUCUAUACUAGGAUUGGCCACCAGAUGCACAUAA